AUGCUCGUGUUAUACGAUUUCGAAAUUUUCAUAAAAGUUAAGCCUCUCCCUUUCUCGUUUGCAGGCGAUGUCACGGCGAAAUACCAGCCGCCGCAGUUCAACGAAGAGCCGCCUUCGCGGGUGAGGUUUCUGAACAGCAGCGGCGUUGUCAUACCGUGUGUCAUUCAGGGUCAACCACCACCUAAAAUAACUUGGAUACACCGCGAUGGCAGCGAAGCGCUCACCGUGCCGAACCUGAGGCAUGUGCGUUCGGAUGGCGCUCUGGUACUGGAACCGUUCGCCGCACAGGACUUCAGGAGCGACGUUCACGACACAGCCUACCGUUGCUCGGGUCAGAAUCAAGCCGGCGCCGUGUUCAGCCGAGACGUCAAAGUCACCGCAGUCAUCAAGCGGAGCUUCACGGCGAAGGUUUUCGAGCGGACCGUCAUCAGAGGGAAUACGGGAGUCCUGAGGUGUCACAUCAGCGACGCAGAUCGAAUGUACAUUCAAGUCAAAACGUGGAUCGUCAACUCGCUGCGGCUCAACGUCGGCUCGAUAGCUGUUCACGGGAAGUACAGCGUCCUGCAAAACGGUGGAGAUUUACACGUGCGCAACGUUGAUUCGAACGAUGCUGCUUCGACGUAUGAAUGCGUCGCACAACAUUCCCUCACCGGCGAAACCGCCAUGAGCACAGCGGGAACGAAAAUUGUUGUCAGAGAAUCCGUGACUAAGGCGCCGCUGAUCACGGACUCACAUCGUCAUGUCCGCACAAAACGUGGCGCAACUAUCGAGCUCUCCUGUAUCGCCCAAGCCGUUCCACCUCCGACCUACCAGUGGUUCAAGAGGCUGAAAAGACAAACCGUACCUGUGAUCCUUCAGGGCCGUAUCUCUCAACACGAUGGAACCCUCUACAUCCACCAGGUUACCACCGAAGACGCGGGCACGUACCAAUGCAACGCGAACAAUACGAUGGGAAUGGAUUCCGCAGAGACCGAACUCACUGUCACCGAUGCGCUGAGUGCCAUGAUAACCCCGCGUAUCUACCGCGCUGACCUUGGAGGCAGCGUAUAUCUAAAUUGCACCGUCAGGGGUCAACCCGUUCACCGUGUUGAAUGGUUCCACAAUCAAAGACCGAUCCACAGCCAGUAUGCAGGUGGCCACGAAGGCUCGUCUUUCAGCUAUACGAUCACGAACGCGCGCCAAGAACACAAGGGCGUUUACCAAUGCUUCGCCUAUAACGACGAGGAAAGCGCUCAAGCGAACUCUAUUCUCGAUAUAACCGAUGAGCCGCCGGUAUUGAUCGAGACGUUCGAGGAAAUUACCACGGGGCCCGGCCCCUCCGUAUCCCUAAAAUGCAUCGCUUCGGGGAGACCGUUGCCGCAGGUCACGUGGACGUUAGACGGGACGGCCGUACCGGAAGACGCGCGGUACCGCGUCGGAGACUAUGUGACAAGGGAUUCUUACGUUGUCAGCUUCGUAAACAUAUCAUCCGUCCGACCUCAAGAUGGCGGAAUGUAUCAUUGUACGGCGCGGAGCGAUGCAGGCGAGGUUAGCCACUCUCAACGUCUCAACGUUCACGGAGCUCCGUUUGUUCGAGAGAUGAAGAACACGUCGGUCCUCGCGUCCGAAACCAUGGUCCUCAUCUGUCCGGCUGGAGGUUGGCCGAUCGACACGAUAACCUGGGAAAAAGAGGGCAUAAGGCUGCCAUACAACCACCGACAGAAACUUUUCCCCAACGGAACAUUGAUGGUUCACGACGUCGAGCGAGCUACAGACGAAGGCCGCUACACCUGUACAGCCAAGAACUCGCAGGGUCAGUGGGCCUCGAACGGAGUGUUCAUCCGGGUUCUGGUCAAACCCGUUCUCGUUCCGUUCAGCUUCCCUUCGAGUCUUCAUCAGGGCCAGCGAUAUAACGUGCUGUGCACCGUCUCGAAAGGCGACUCGCCAAUCCACAUCCGAUGGUACAAAGACGAGCAGAAGCUCGCCUCAACGAACGGCGUCACGAUUCUGAACGUGACGGAGUUCUCGUCGACGCUGAUCUUCAAUGAAUUGCAACCGCAUCACAAGGGAAACUACACGUGUGAGGCACGCAAUGACGCCGGGGUAGUUCGUUUCACGGAAACAAUGGUGAUUCAUGUGCCGCCGUCUUGGAGGGUGGAACCUCAGGAUACACCGGUUGUCAAAGGAACCACCGCUUUUCUCGACUGCCAAGCUGAUGGAUUUCCUCAACCCAAGAUAAGAUGGACGAGAUCGCAAGGAGACGAUCCAGCCGGCGACUACAAAGCCAUACAGAGCUCUUCUCAUUCGCAUGUAUACGAGAACGGGACACUUAUCAUACAAAGUGCAAAAAACUCCGACUCAGGAUAUUACCUCUGUCAAGCUGCCAACGGCGUCAGUCCUGUCCUCAGUAAAGUCGUUCGUCUAUCCGUUCACACCGCCGCUCAUUUCCGUUGGAAGUUCCGUGCUGAAACUGCGCAAAAAGGUCAACCGGUGCGUAUGCAAUGCGAGGCAUUCGGAGAUUCGCCUCUUGUCGUCACCUGGAUGAAAGACAAGCAGCCCUUCGACCCGCGGACCAAUCCAAGAUGCGCUGUGAACGAGACUCAUACCGAUCGGAGUGUUAUUUCGGAGAUUGUCAUCACGGAUACGGAUCGUCGAGACUCCGCCCUGUUCUCGUGCAUAGCCAGAAAUGCAUACGGAUCGGAUGAUACGAACAUACAACUCAUACUUCAAGAGCCUCCGGAUCCCCCACAAGAUGUCAAGUCCUUGGACAUCGGCAGUCGGAAAAUCCGUCUCAGCUGGACUGCGCCGUACACCGGGAACAGCGUCAUUGUCAAGUACAUCGUGCAAUACCGAACGCAUGAAGAAAACUGGCACGUUCGAAAGAACAAGAACGUCACCGUGCAGGGAACCGAAACCGAAGCCGAGAUCAAUAAUCUGCUCCCGGCCACGAUGUACGUUGUUCGUGUUUUGGCCGUCAACGCAAUCGGCGUGAGCGAGGUGGGGAGCGACACACACAUCAAAACCCACAACGAAGCUCCAGAGGGACCCCCGUUGAACGUCAGGUUGGAAGCUGUAGGGCCCCAUUCUGUUCGCGUAGCGUGGAAGCCGCCGCGCAAGGAGCUGCAGCACGGGGAGCUUCGUGGCUUCUACGUUGGGUACAAAACACGCAGCUCUUACGACGUUUUCACAUUUGUCACCGUCGACCUGAAAGAUGAGCAAGAGAACGAGGUCGAUAACAAGCAGGGCGUGCACUUCAUCAACGAGCUUCGACGUAAUACCGAAUACACUAUGGUCGUUCAGGCCUUCAACGAUAAAGGGUCGGGACCCACCUCGCCCGAAAUGCAUGUCAGGACCCUGGAACACGAUGUGCCAGAGUCUCCCGAGUUCACCGUCAAAGCCACCACAAAGUCCAGCAUUACGUUGGCGUGGCCUCCGGUAUCGCGCAGCUCCAACAUCGGUUACAAUGUCUACUAUCGGAAACAGAAAUCCGGCGAAUGGAUGAAGUCUCCUGUGCUUAAGAACGCGCUCAGCCACACUCUCGGAGGCCUGGAAUGCGGCCAGAAAUACUUCUUGUACAUGAGGGCGGAAAACUCGCCCGUCCGGGGGGAGCCAAAGAAUCUAUUGGCAGCAUCGACGAGCGGUGUUGCACCCACCGCUCCGGAGAAACAACAUCUGCUCAGUGGGAACGCUACAGCCAUAGCUCUGAACCUGGCCAGUUGGAGAGAAGGAGGCUGUCCCAUAGAAUCUUUCCAGAUCAAGUACAAGGUACAGAGCACGCUCGACUGGAUCACCGUCCCGCGAGGCGAUGAUCCCGGCUCAAAAUCGCUAGUGCUCACCAAUCUUGUGCCGUCGAUGCCUUAUCUGCUGUUGGUGAGAGCUACUAACAGCGCCGGCACCACGGAGGCGCAGUAUGACUUCGUCACAUCGCAUAUUGCGAGAGAUAACCCGUUGUCUUCCACGGUCGGAGCCCGACGUUCUCCGUUUUAUCUUCAGCUAGAAGUGGUGUUGCCCGUUGCCGCUUCGGUGGUCGUUGUAGCAUUGAUUAUUGGUGCUGUAUGCUUUGUGCUCAAAAACAGAGACAUACAAUACGACGAAAGCGGUGGUUCAGGGUUUGGCGUGUUGCGUAAGAACCAGACGGCAGUUGGAGUCGGGGUGGGCGUCGGAGGAGAAUGUGUCCACCUGUCCGACAUGGACUGCAAGGACGCUGGUGCCCACCUGCUCAAGAAGACCAACGAAGGGUACUACGCCACUCCAUACGCUACCACCAGGCUUUCGGCCCUAAAUGGACACCAUCAAGCAGCGAACCAACUCCUCUGCCAGCAAGAGCAGAGGAAGUUCUCCGUUCCGCUCGGAGCAUCUUCCGACUGCUUCAAACAGAACGCGUCGGAGGAGGAGUCUUCGUACGCGACGGUAAAGCGGACGCCUCGUCAGAUCCGGCAGUCGGAUUUCAACAUUUACAACUACCCUGCAGGAACAACGGGGACCAUUAUGCGGAGCCCGGACGACAUGUCCGACCUGGAUCCGCAAUCGAUGCAGUGGGAAAGCGCGGGCUGCGGCAAGAAGUAUCGAGCCAUUCAAGGACUCGAGCACAUGGUGAACCACCACGGACACCCGUACUGAAGAGUACGACCGCCUAUGAAUAGAAUUGCCAACCAAAAAAUAUGAUAAAUUCUCGAAUGAGAUGUAAUAUAUAGGAAAUAAGUGUGUUGUAUGAUUGCUCUGUUAUGCUCUGGUAUUGAUUAAGAGGAUGAUUAAUUAAAAGAAAUGA